AUGAAAGAGAUAGGGCAUCGUCAUGUCUCGGCGGCGGCUCUGGAUCUGGAAUCGAGAUGGAGGGCGAGGCGCUGGCGGCAUGUGGGCAGUAUCGAUUCCCGGUGGCGGCUCUGGAUCUGGAAUCUCGACGGACUGAGAACCACCGCGAUAGGGAUAUCAGCCAAGAUAAUUGAGGGAAGAGAUGUUCGUCGUCGACGACUGGGGAUGAGGGAGUCGGAGAGGGAAGGCGGCGUCGCGGAGAGGCGCCGACAGAGUUGA